GAGAGGAGGAGAGAGCAGAGCAGAGCAGAGCAGAGCCGGCUGGGGUCCUGCUCCGGGAGGGAGACAGGAGGGCAAGAGUGGAUGGCAUUGGAAACCAAGGGGUCCCUCCCGGGCACAAUCCUUACCCCCUAGGUUGGAGCAAAGCAUUUCCUCUGGUUCCAGUACAAGUGAAUUCAUUUUGAAGCCAGUACUCCAAGACGUGAGACAUCAGCAGGAAAGGAGGGCCAGAAUAGCCUCCUUUUGAGUAAUCCAAACCCUAUCUCUGGCCCUGCCCCUGCCGGCGUUCACCUCUAACUCGGAGGAGUCCGCAGUGCAGGGAGUACCCUCCAGGGAAGUGAAGUGACUUCUUAUCUGUCUUAGAGGUUGUGAUUAGAUACUGCCCAGGCCUGAGACUGGGUCCCCCUCCUAGGGACAAAGAUAGGCUGCCCAAGGACCCAGAGAGGAUACUCCCUCAGGCGAAGAAUCCCAAACCAGUUUUCCCAGAGUUGUAAAAAGAGAACAUACUAUGUUGGGCACUCAGCUGUUUCAGCCUCAGCCCUCAGGGACCAGGCCUAGUGAAGGAAGAUCUCACUCUGGUGACUUUGGACUUCCUGAGGAAGGCUACAAGUGUCCAGCCAUGGAGUCCAAGGAGGACAGCUUGAGCACAUUUGAAGGUCCAGGACAUGCCAGCCUUUUGGACCUAGAAGAGAAAGAGGACAAAGGCUUGGACAAUGUACCCUGUGGAACGAGGGAAGAGGGGUCCCAGAUGUCAAGCCCCCUUCUAGCUCAUUUGGUCAGUGGUCCUAGGCAACCCCCUGGGAAGUCUCAUGAGACAUGUGGCACCAGCCAGGACUGGAAAGUAGCCAGAGUCCAGGCUGUCAUGGUUUCCAGCCCCAGCUCAGCCCAGAAACCAGCACUGUGUCGGAGUACCAGCUUCACUGAGAAGGACCUGAAAGAGGCCAAAGCACAGAGUCAGCGAAUUGCUGCCCAGCUGACCACUCCUCCCAGCUCCAACUCCCGAGGGGUCCUGCUCUUCCACAGGCGCCGGCAGAGAGUAAACGAGUUCACUUUUGAGAGCUUUGGGAAACAGGGACAGAAACCUAUCCCUGUGCAUAGCCCUCAGACCCUCACUGUUGAGACUCCAGACCAUGGUCCAGAGCUUUGCCUGAAUCACACUCUCCAACGCUCCAGGUCAAGCCCCUCUUCAUCCCUUGGUAUCCAGGCCCCAGAGGGAGGAAAUCCUCGCCGCAAUAUGGAGGGGCAUGGGGAGAACACAGAUGUCCUGACCCAGAGAUCGCUGGAGAGGGCAGCCAGUGAAGAGGAGGAGAUCCCUUUGGUGGUUUACCUAAAGGAAAAUGCAGCCUUGCUCACAGCCAAUGGAUUCCACCUAUCUCAAAGCAAGGAAGCUCAGAAGGGUCCUUCACAGGCUGAUGCAAAUGCUCUCACUAUGGAUGUGAAUCAGAAUCCUUCCUUGACCGAGACUAUAUCCACCACGCUAGUGAGUGAUGUCAACCAGAACCCACCGGUGAUGGACGUCAGUCAGACUGCAUCCGUCUCCAGCACCACACAGAAUGUAUCUGAAUCCCAGGUAGAGCAAGACACACCUGUGGCUGACUUUCAACCCAGCACUCUGCUUGUGGAUGAGAAAACCCAUUCACCCAGCCCGGACAUGACUUCCAGUACAGUAAUUACUGAAGUGAAGCCAAGCGUAGUACCUGCAAAUGACAAGGCCAGUCCCCACUCUGGGGAGGCCGUCCCCAGCUCCACCAUGAAUGCCGCGGUCCCUGACGUCAAGUCCAGCGUCUUGGUCAUUGAUGUCAAACCCAGUGCCCCAGCAGGGGGGCUGGAGAUGUCCGGGCCAGCUAUCAGCACCCCGGCCCCCAAGCAGCACAGUGAGGUCCACCUCACCCUGGCCAAACCUCAGUCGGUGGUGAACAGGACAGCCAGGCCAUUUGGAGUCCAGUCUCAAGGGAUCAGCAGCCAGUUGGAUCGGAGUCCGAUGAUGGAGAGACGCCCCGUGGGAGAGAGGAGCCCCAGGGCACAGGCACACACAAUAGGGGAGAGAAGUCCUCAGGUUCAGAGGCAUACUGUAAUGAUGAGAAGCCCUAUGGUGGAGAGGAGGCCUUUGAGAGAGAGCAGUCCUACCAUGGAGAGGGGCCCUGUGGUAGAGAGACCAGUGAUGGUUGAGAGAAGUCCUGCCUUGGAAAAACGCCCAUUGGGAAAUUUCACUCCACCCCCCACCUAUGCUGAGACUUUGUCUACAACACCUCUGGUCUCUAGGGGCAGAUCUCCACCUUCAUAUUCUGUCCUGUACCCCAGCACUGAGCACAAGCAAACACGUCUUAAGGGGCCUAGCUAUGGGGAGGGCAGAUCAGCAUCUGCAACCAAGACCGGCAUCUUGGAGGAGUCGAUGGCCCGCCGAGGCAAUAGGAAGUCCAUGUUCACCUUUGUGGAGAAGCCCAAAGUGACCCCUAACCCUGAUCUCUUGGAUUUGGUACAGACAGCUGAUGAGAAACGGAAGCAGAGAGACCAGGGGGAGCUGGGCCCAGAGGACGAACCAUUUGCACUUGGGGCUGAAGCAUCCAACUUUCAGAAUGAGCCACCCCCCAGGGACUGGUCUAGCGUUACCUCUGAGGAUACCCUCCCAGAAUGGUCAUCAUGCCUCAAGUCACCCAGUAUCCGGGCCAAGCCUGAGCGAAAACCAAACCAAAACCUCACAGAGGCCACUGGCAAGGGAGCUGAGCUAUAUGCCCGUCGUCAGUCCCGAAUGGAGAAAUAUGUAAUUGAGUCACCAGGCCAUGCUGAGUUGGCCCGCUGCCCAUCUCCCACUAUGUCCCUGCCUCCUUCCUGGAAAUAUUCCAACGCUCCAGGGUUUCCAGGGGGCUUCCGGGUGGCAAGCCGGAGCCCUGCCCGAACACCGCCCGCAUCCCUGUACCACGGCUACCUGCCAGAGAACAGGACUCCACGCAGGGAGGUGGAGCCCACCAAACAACAGCCUUACCAGCUCCAGUCCUCACUCUUUGUUCUCACUCCCUCCAAGGAGCCAGCCAAGGUCCCAGCAAAAGCAGCCUCACCUGCCAAGCCAGGAUCUCUUGAUUUGGAACCUGUUGGGAGGUUGGCACACUGCCCAGCUGGUUCCGUCCUUCCCCCUUCACCUGCCCUGCCUCGGCCAGCACGCUCUUCACCUGGCCUGUGUCCCUCACCAGUGGGCCCGGGAGGUCUUGUCCAAGAUGUUACCCAGAUGAGUGGCAGCAGCCCCACCUUUGGUGGUGAAGUAUCCCCGGUGUCUCCUUCCCGGGCAUGGUCUCCAAGAGCCAAGGGCCAAGCUCCGAGACCUUCGUUCUCUACACGGAAUGCGGGGAUUGAGCCCCAGGAAAGAUGGGAAUGUCGGCCCACCUCCCCUCCUGAGACCCCCAGUUCACCGAGGCCAGCCAGCAGCCUGGACGGCUGGGGGGGCCGUGGCCCUUCCGAGUUCUGCCAGAUGGUCACCACAAGCAGUCCCCCUCCACCCCUACCCAUGUCCCCCUCCUGGAGCGAGGGCUCUUUGUCCCCGAUGCAGGCUGAGCCCAAGGGCAGCAGCCGCCAGAUGCAGGCCCUGGUUGCCAGGAACAUCAUCAACGCUGCCCGCCGAAAGAGCUCCUCCUCCCCCAAAUCUCCGGGGGCAGAAUGGCUGAGGCCCCUCUCAGCCACCCAGGCCCUACCUGCUGCCAGCCCCAGAGGGCUGGGCAGCCCCUGUCCUCCCCUGAAGAGCCCCCUGGGAGACGGCCAUCGCCUUUCCUCCCUGCCUGGUGGUACCUUCUCCCCCAUCCUGAAGAGCUCCCUGACCUCGUCCCAAGCACCCUUUGGGGACAGCCCCCGACCCUUCCUACCAGCCAGCCCCCGGAGUCCAGGCACCACCCGACCCUUAGCCUUCAGGAGCCCCUUGCCCUCACCCAGUCCACAGGUUCGUUCACCUGUCAAGCCCUACACCAGUCGCUCGCCCACAGACUCUGAUGUAUCCCUCGACUCUGAGGACUCGGGGGUCAAGUCCCCCGGUAUCCGUGGCUACAAUAUCUGCCCCCGGGGCUGGAAUGGGAGCGGCCUACGGCUCAAGAGAGGCAGCCUCCCCUCGGAGACCUCCUGUACAUCCUAAGAUCCAGCUAGGCGGGGCGGAGAGAGGAAGAAAUGCCUGGGGAUGGGGUGGGGGGCUUCAGGGUAGAGCAUCUGGGUGGGAGAUUUCAGCCCAUAGGGACAGCUGCACCUUCUGACACCUUCCCACGAAGGGGCUGAGGGCAGCUCUGGACAGCUGACGUGCUGUCCUCCACUCCCCCAAUCUCCCCUUUGGACGGGGGAGUCCUGACUGGGCACCCAUUACCCCCAGUGCUGGAGAACCAAUUUUUUCUGUUUCUUUUCCACCACUUCUGCCACCUAGUGGCGCAGUCAGUCCCCAGCGAGUCCUCCCCAAAACCAAUUCCUGGCUCUUUGGGGCCAAAGGCUGAGAUUCAGUGCUUCCACCCCACCACCCUGCUUUCUCUCUGGCCUCAGAACCAUGGAGGUGUGAAGAGCGGGGGACAACUUAGGAGGCAAAAUAGCCAAGUAUGAAGUGGGCCUGCCCCUCCCAGGGAAGGCUGUGUCCAACGGCUGUGGCUCCACCGGUCCAACCUGGCUCCAGUUGGCUUGGCAGGGUAAUGCUUGGCCACUGUCAGGUGUUUUCCAUCCCCUCCAUGACCCCAUCCUCUAUUUUUACCACGGUGACCUUUAAAGGCAGCUUAGCUUCUGCUAGUCCUUUAGGUGCCAAAUUCUGCUUUUCUAUCUCUGGAGCUGGGGCAGACAAGUGAAGGUGCAUUGGGAGGGGGAAUUGGUCAGAAGGAAACUCCCAAACUGAGAGGAAUAGUGGUCCUGCUCUGGGCACUGUUCGCUGGGUUCAGCAAACCCCAGCCCACCCAUUCCAGAUGUUGUAUGAUUCCCCAGGAUGAUACACAAUCAGUAUAAGAAAAUCAUUUACCAACUUCCCCUCCCAACAGUGUAGUUUAUACCAAAAGUAUGAGAGUUGAAGAUUCUUGGAUAAAACCAGGGAAUGUCCCUGGGGGCGGGGCGGUGUCCUCCACCCUUUCCCCCCACCCCCCACUCCCCACCUGAAUAUCUAUUACCCCAUCCUGGGAAAAAGAAGAAAGUCUUAACUGGGCAAAGGGUUUCCACAGUGUUUUGCCCAUACUCAAAUCUCCUUGGGUGGUGGGGGCAGAGAGGGGGUGAAGGGACAAAUUAGGCUUUAGCAUUAGAUCAGGGUGUAUUGGCAGUACUGUGGGCAGGGGACUAGAGACAAGUAGGAGUGGCCUUCCCUUCUACUUUGGGUCUUCUCUUCCUUAGCAGCUCUUGGAGCUCCUGUCUCCUGCCCUCAGUGAGAACUCUGCAACUCUGAGGUGGAAACUGUCUCUGAUUCCUGCUCUUUGGGGAGAUGCAUUGAUCGGAGGAUUGCCUGCCUGGAGAUCUGGCCCCAAUAACCUCAGCUAUGUUUCUCUUCCACCUCCCCAGGGCCAAGUGCCCCUCAAGCCCAGCGCCCCGUGCCAGCAGUAUGGCCCUGAGCCCUAGAAGGGUAGGAAGCAGUUGGUUUGAAAACCCAGGCCCGUGGCCCCUCCUGGGGGAACAGACUGGUUACUGCAGGGUUCUCCCAGUCUGUGGUGGUGGCACGUCGGUGAUGGAGGCUGAGAACAUAUGGGAAGGAGGUCAGGUACUCUGCUGAGGGGCAGCAGCUUGUGAAGAGCAGGCCUGAUGACGAUGUGGGAGCACCAUGGAACAUCUGGUCUGGAGGCUGCCCAGCACAUGGGCAAACUGGUCUCCCGUAAGCCUCCAGAGGAAGCAGGAAUGAGGUGGCUUUGGAAAUCCCCAGGCGUGUUAGGUCACUGGAGACAGGACACCUCAGAGGGGACAAGUAACAGGAGGCAGGGAGAGACUCUGAGGGCAUACUAAAGCAAGGGCUUUCCUAGUCUUUACGCUGGGUAGCCACGUUCUCACCUAGUGCACAGACUCCCUGGGCCUGUCUUCUGGGGAUGGAGUAGUUGAGGGACCUCCUCCUUCCCUAAGAGUCUGAGGAGGGAUAGAUUAUGUGGAUCUGGUUUAGGAUGAGGUCAAGUGCCUACAAAGAGGUAGAAGGAGGUGGAAAUAUGGCUCUUUUCUCUGGUUCUCUCCAAUCUCCUGUCUUCCCAACUGUGACUCUCCUCUCCUGUCCCGUGCCUCUGCCCCCUUACCCGUUUUAAGGCUAUCCAUCUUCUGGGCUUGUCUCAUCUCAGUCCCACCUCCUCAUUAAAUAAAUACCCACAUUACCCUAGACACUUCUGAGUAAUUAACAGCUGAUCUAGAAAACUCACCUUUCCAUCCAUGUUUUUGCUAGAUUCCCAGGGUCCAGGAGGGCUAGUGGAAGAACCAUAGCUCUUUUGGGCUCAGUCGAGAUCAGACAGGCCUGUGGGAAUUGAAGGAGGUAUUGACGUGCGUUGUUUUACUUAGAUACUUUUGGCCACCAGCAAUGUGACUAAAGGCAUGUAAAGAGAUGGGCCUUGGGAACACAAACUUACUGGCACUUGAGGUAAAACUAGAGGUGCCCCCCUUACCUGACCUAACCUUUUGGUGAACUGCAAAAAGUCCUAGACAGAAUUAAGAGAUCUGGGUUCUGGUUCCACUAACUUUGUGUGACCAUGGCUAAACCCUAUGACUUCUUUAGGCCUUGGUUUCCUCAUCUGUAAAAUAAGGGAUUUAAACUCUUCCAUGCCUAAAAUUUUAUGAGUAUGAGGUUCCAGAGGCAAGAAAUUGCCACCAGAGGGUAUUAUUUUGGCUUCAACUUAGUGCCAAGAAAAAGAAGGGGAGGCUGGAACAGGCUGGGGGAUUUGGGCAUCAGUGGUCCCCAAAGUCAGGCAGGUAAAUCCAGUAUGGUUCCAGGCUACCCAGCAGAAGGUCCAGAGAGUUAGGACUCUCCCUCUUGGGGAAGACUUGAAGUCACUUCUCUGAGACUAAAAUCUGGGGACCAGCUAUUUUCUGGCAAAUCUAGGCUCAGAAGUGGGAUUUACUUGCUGGAUAUCACAAGACAUCAUGCAGGCCCUGGGAAUGGUUAGAAUGCUGGGAUCAGAAGCCUUCGAGAUUUCAGGAAUUUGGGGAAUGCUUGAUUGUGGGAAUGUGGGUUUCCCUGGGAUAUUGGUGUGGUAUCUCAUGUCAAGGCCCCCUGAGAUGACCUUUUUAAGGGUUAUCCUGCUCUUCACUAAUCAGAUGAGGAGGAAGGAGAGCAAUCAGAAAUGUUUGUAAUUUCCCGGCCUUGGUUUCAUUGCAUCCCCUUCCCUGAACCAGAUUCUUUGGAGCUGAAGUGUCAACCAGGAUUGAUUGCCUCAGUUUUGGCUUCGGUGUGGAGAUGUUCUAGGGCCUAAGAGGUCAGUUUUUUUUGGGACCACAGGAGAACCAUAUGUCCUGAUAUGGGGCUCCUAAGCUGAAGAGGGUCAUGGGCCAAAAUGGGGCUCUGGAACAGUAGCUAUAUAGAAUAGCUUAGUAAGCUGAAGGGCCACCCAGUCUGGGACUAGGUAAUUCUCUUCCCUAUGCCUCUUAUUUUGGUGUAUUAUUUCUAAGUGUGUAUAUUCUUUUCCCUUGUAAAUAAACACUGGAAAAUCCAUUCUUA